AGAGAGAGAGAGAGAGAGAGAGAGAGAGAGAGAGGGGCUCGUGCAGCAGCCGCUCCGGUAGUUUUGGCUCCGGAGACUCGCAGGACGCAGCGAACUGUCCCGGCUCCCCUCGAUGGUUCACCGCAGCCCGGAGGAGGGACCAACCUUCCACCGCUGCCCGGAAAUCAGCGCGCAGGAGCCGCACACACAGUGACAGCACAGCUGGUGGGCAGCCAUGUUGAAGCCGGGCGACCCGAGCGGCUCGGCCUUCCUCAAGGUGGACCCGUCCUACCUGCAGCACUGGCAGCAGCUCUUCCCUCAGGCGCAGCUGAAGGCUCCUCUGGCCCCGCCGCCGCCUCCACCUGACCGCCUCUCCAUCCCCGUGGACAGCCUGCGCCAGUCCCGCCUGCACAGCCACCUCCUGGCCUCCGCACACUGCACCUCCUCGUCUUCCUCUUCCUCCUCUACGUCCUCCUCAGCAGCUUCGUCUUCAGCGGCGGCGGCGGCGGCAGCAGCAGCAGCAGCAGCUCUCACCCCGUCCUCCUCCAUCUCCAUCUCUGCCUCCGCAGGGCUCUCCCAGCUGCCCGUGCCCCAGCAGAUCGCUCUCUUUGGGCAGGCGCUGGCCCCGGUGUGUGCUGGGCCUGGAGGUCCUGGAGGAGGAGGAGGAGGGGGACCAGGAGGACCAGGAGGACCAGGAGAUCUGGUGGUGGUCGUCCCCCCGGAGAACCAGCAGGGUCACAACCCAGCAGUGGGGCUCCUCCAUCAGGCCAAAGAGCAGAGCUGUGGGGGGGUGGGGGUGGUGUCGUCCAGCGUGAAGAGCAGCAGCAGCGGAGGAGGCGGCGAGGAGGGCGGGAAAGGAGCAACGACGAGGUUCAAACUGACGUCGGAGGAGCUGGACUACUACCUGUACGGACAGCAGAGGAUGGAGAUCAUCCCACUGAGCAACCACACGGGAGAGAUCAACAACCGUUGCGACAUGUGCGCGGACAACAGGAACGGCGAGUGUCCGAUGCACGGCCCUCUUCACUCUCUGCGUCGACUCGUCGGCACCAGCAGCUCGGCGGCUCCCGUCACCCUGCCGGACGUCCCUGAUUGGCUCAGAGACCUGCCCAGAGAGGUGUGUCUCUGCACCAGUACAGUUCCUGGUCUGGGUUACGGGAUCUGUGCGGCUCAGAGGAUUCCUCAGGGAACCUGGAUCGGCCCGUUUCAGGGAGUCCCUCUGCUGCUGGACAAACUGCAGUCCGGAGCCGUCAGGAACACGCGACACCUGUGGGAGAUCUACGAUGCAGAGGGGACAUUACAGCACUUUAUUGAUGGUAAUGAUCCCAGUAAAUCCAGCUGGAUGAGGUACAUCCGCUGUGCCAGACACUGUGGGGAGCAGAACAUGAUGGUUGUACAGUACAGGUCCUGUAUCUUCUACAGAGCGUGCAUGGAUAUCCCCAGAGGAACGGAGCUGCUGGUUUGGUACAACGACUCCUACACUUCCUUCUUCGGCAUCCCGCUGCAGUGCAUCGACCAGGACGAAAACUUGAACGUCCCAGCCACGGUGGUGGAGGCCAUGACCAGGCAGGAGUCCCUCCAGUCCUUCAGCAAAAAUGGCAAGCCCUCCUCCUCCUCGUCUUCCACCUCCUCUACCCCCUCCACCACCCUCAUGCGCUCCAUGGUCUUCCCCCACUCCCCCUGCUCUCGGAGUUUCUCCCUGUUGGACAAGGUUGGGGUCGGGGUUCAGUCGGACUCUGGUUUUGGCCAGCUGGGAUCAAAGAACCAGCGGGUCCUGGCGAGCCCAACCUCCACCAGCCAGCUGAGCAGCGAGUUCAGCGACUGGCACCUGUGGAAGUGUGGCCAGUGCUUCAAAACCUUCACCCAGAGGAUCCUGCUGCAGAUGCACGUCUGUCCGCAGAAUCCCGACAGACCGUACCAGUGUGGCCACUGCUCCCAGUCCUUCUCUCAGCCGUCGGAGUUGAGGAACCACGUGGUGACGCACUCGAGCGACCGACCCUUCAAAUGUGGAUACUGCGGCAGAGCGUUCGCCGGGGCCACAACGCUCAACAACCACAUCCGCACGCACACCGGAGAGAAGCCGUUCAAGUGCGAGCGUUGCGACCGCAGCUUCACACAGGCCACUCAGCUCAGCCGCCAUCAGCGACUUCCCAACGAGUGUAAACCAGUGAACGAAAGCAGCGAGUCCAUCGAGGUGGAUUAACCCCCGACCGUUGACUGACUGUUGACUGACUGUUGACUGACUGAGACUUCAUCCACAUGAAGCCAGCUGAAUCUGAAAACGCAUCUUUUUCUCUCUGUGUUGUCCCUCCGUCCACACACAGUGUAAAACCUGCCAACGACCGGAGCGUCCAUCACUUCAGUCCCCACUGACUCACAGCUGAGAGGACACUCUGUCUUCACCAGGCCGACGCAUGUCUCAGAUCUAAUGGACGCAAAUAGUUUCACAUGAUGCACACGGGAAGAAAACAGCAGUAUUUUAAUCAUCGAUUUAUUUUCCAACCCACUAUAAUAUUCUUAUAGUGAAAGCAGAAAGCUCUCAGUAAAACUGGGGCCUUGUCCAAUUGUUAUUUAUACGUGGCAGUAAAAGUAAAGUGAGGAUGCUUUUAAAAAUAAUACCAGGAAUUGUUUUUAUUUAUCAAUUUACUUCAUAUAACUUGCAGUAGAGCUGCACAAUUAAAAUACAAUCAAAACCUCAAUAUGGCCGAGUGCAACAUGGAGCUGUAAUCGUUUUUCAGUAAAGGUCCAGUGUGUCACAUGAUCUUUGAAAGGUAUUUAAUCUGAAAAAAUAUGUUUGUGACUGCGACACAGUAAAAGUUCUCAUCAGCUUCAACAUUGUUUACAUUAUUAAUUGAUUAUUUUGCAUUUUUAUUUAAAAAUCCAGCGCAAUAGUUUGAGUCUUUGUAAAAUAAUCAAGUUUCAUUAAAGAAAACAUUUAAUUUUACAUUUAUUUUGUCAGAAUUUUGUGACAUAUAAUUAUAAAUGAAGCUCAACCGCUACCAGACAUAAAGGAACAUGUUUGUUUGCUACAGACAAAUUAAAAUUCCAAUUGAUAUUGUGACUCAUAUUGCAAUCACAAUAUUUAUGCAAUAUUUGAUGAAAAUAUUUUUGUUUAUCAGUUGCUCUGUAUUCAAACACGUCGCAGGUGCUGAUGAGGAAAGUGAAGACAGAGGUUUUCUUGUCUUCCCGGUGUUUCAGUGCGGACGGAGAUCUUUAGGACGACUACAUGAAGUUGAGUGUUUUCAGAUUUGGCGUCUUGAGUGUGAACGUCGUCUGACUGUUUGCAGCUUUCUGACUUGACUGACUGACUCUGGAGAGGAGCGACGUUCAAGCUGCGUUCAUCCUGCUGGAGAGAAUCCUGAUUCAACCAAACCAAAGAUCCUUUUCCUUCCAGCGGCGCGGCCGACCUUUCAGACGGAGGAGGCGGACUAACAAACAAAAAGUUUUUUUGGACGAGGAUAUUUAUUGGAGACUUUUGGGAAUCAUGUUCCAUCAUGUUUCCCUCCAAAGAAAACUCUUUCUUGAAACCGGGACAAAAACAAUGAAAUACCAAAAAAUUCAGACUGAUGGUCUGUCUGUAGCUUUACUUCUCGGUUUCUUCUUUUCUUUUUGCAACAGCGAUGCCAAAGGAGGGCGCGACCAAAGCAAACAGACUGAGAAUGCACAACGAGCAACAACACAAACGAGGAUGACGCUCGAGUUUUACAUCAUAAAAUGAACCAAACCAAAAGACGAGGAGUAUGUAUUGUAAAAAAAAAAAUAACAAAAAAAUAACAGAAAAGCAAAAGAAGGGACAAAAGAAACAUAAAUUAUAUUUAUCUUCUUGCUCAUAUCAUGCUUCGGGCACUUUUGUUUUCAAAUGUUGAUUAUUUAAUUUUUGCAGCUCUGAUGUUGGAGAACGAUGGUGCGGGGCGGAGGGAAAUACUGAAGAGAUAAUAGACGUGAUUUCUUAUAGAAAUAAUCCCACAGUUCAUUAAGAAACGUGUUGAUAUGUUGAAGCACGGUUUUAAAUGGACUUGGUUAAAGUCAGUUUACGUUUUUUUUCUCAUGUUGGCAUUUAAAACAUUUUCAGGGUGAAAGUUUCUCACAUUGUUUCCAUCUGUUCAGAGAUGACACCUGAUCAUCUGAUCAUAAAAUCCAAGAAGGGCAAAUGUUUUUUCGGUUUUGAAAUUUAUCUCCUUCAUGAUACGUGUCUUCUCACAGAGUAUAUUUGCUACGCAAUGCAAGUUUGAGUCCAUUCACAAGCAAUCUCAGAUGUGUAAAUAGUCCUGUGUCAUUACGAUACACUUUGUAUUCAAACGAGUGAGGGUAAAGCACAGUUACUACGUGAACACCAAAUAGGUUUUUGUGCCUGAGAGUUAAAAAAGCUUUAAUAAUGAUAAUAAAUAUAAAAAACUGUAACUUCUCCUCCCAAAGACCAACAGAGUGUUGAACCUGGUGGAUGUGAAUCUACAGCCCAAACCAAAAGUAAAAGGGAAGUUUCACUGCAGGAAAACUGAUUUCCUUUUAUCACACAAACAUCUGGAAGAGUUUAAAAAUGACUCUGAGGAUCUGUAGACGAUGUAAAUACAAAACGCUGAUGAGCAAAAGAUAUGAAGAUGUUUCCAUCAAGUUUAUUCUCAUCUGUCAUGUUUGUUUCCAUGGGAACCUGUGUCAUGUCGACCUUCACCGAUCAGACACAACAAUAAAACAGGUGGCUGGUUUUAAUGUUGGAAAAUAAUUCAAAGUAACUGCUAAUGAUUGAGAAUGAACAGGAUCUACACCAAUCAGCCACGACAGUAAAACCAGUCACCUGUUUUAAUGUUAUGGCGGAUCAGUGUAUUUCUCUAUGACACUGGUUACAAGCUUGUAAGUAGAAAUGUUAACACACACCGAGAAAUUAAAUAUAUAGUUUUAUUGUCAUUGGAAACUAGUAUCCACGAAGGUGAGCCGGUCCCGGCCCAUAAAUGUCUGCCAUAUCUGGCUUGGCGGAGAACCAGCCUCAGUCAGACCAGCUUCAGGCCCAUUUUGUUACUGUCUGUUUGAAGUUACACAGUGUUGCAGGAGCAUCAUGUUGCUGCUCUAGAGAUCAUUUAAAAAGGUGAAUGACAGUUGUAAUUAUCUGGCAACAGGUUCCAGAUUCUGAAAAUGGCAAAAAAAAAAGUUCACUUUAAUGCAACAUUUCACAUGUGGAAAUAAUAAGAAAACUAUGACUUAACCCACAGUCAUGUGAUGAACCUCUAUGACAGAUGGAGUAAUAUCUGCUGUUGAUCUAUCUGAUAAGUUUAACAUGAAAGUUUCUAAAGUGGAGUGACGAGCUGUCGUCCAGCUGCGUUUACCCAUGGAUAUUUUUUCCAGAUGUUGAAAGGAGCCUCUUCAGUUAUUGAUCUGAGAUCUGCUAAUGAGUCCAGGUGUUUGGAGGUGAAACCUUCUGCUCUUCCAGAAGCUCUCACAGACGUGUUUGUGUCACUAAGAGUGAAACAGUGCUGUGUCUCAGUGAAACGUCUCUUUGUUCAAAAUGCAGAUUCAUCCUGUGCUGUAUAUAGAAAAAUACAAACAAUGGGAUUUUAUAUGAUGUAUCUGGGACUGAGGUGAAAUAGUUUGACUCAGUGAAGGACAAAACACAAAUGUGAAUAUGAACCAGAGCUCAGAGAAGAUUCACUUUCUGCUCACGUCUGUCAGGAUCCAGAGGAUGAACUUCAACCAACAUUUAUACCAUAAGCAUUUUAUUAAACGCCAUGUUUAAAGUCCUCUCUGCUGUGUGCGUGAGGUUAUAAAACUCAAACAAUCCCUGUUUGAGAGAACUUGGGUUUAAAAAAGGAUAUUUUUUAACUCCAAUCUUCCAUCAAGGAAGUUGGAAAUAAGAAUAUAAACUUCUUUAAAAGUGAAAAAUUAAAUCCCAAAACUAAAUUUGGUGUGUUGAUGUUUGUAACAGUGAAAUCGCUCAGAUCAUCUGAACAGAAGGUGAAUCUUGCUCGUGGCCUCUGACGAUGAUAAUCAUGUCCUCUGUAAUAUGACUGACAGAAUCUGAAGAGAUAAAACAGUCAUGUCAAACAGACUCUUAAGGAUCCAUUUUGACUCAAUCUUGUUUGCAUGAUUUCCCCUGACUCACCCCCCCCCCUUUUUUUUAAAUGAAUGACAAAAUCAGAUCAAAAACCAAAAAGAUGUUGUUCCAUAGGAAAUAAAGCUGAAAUCCAGUUUUGAUUCUUA